AAAAAUAUUUAUAUAUAAUUCUCUCUCUCAGCAGCCAUCCACCAGACCAAACCAACCGCCGCUCCGUUUCCACUCAACUUCCCAUCACUUUCCCUCGAACCAAACAGAAUGCCGGCGACCGAGACAGCGAACUCCCAGAAGAUCCGUCACAUUGUUCGCAUCCGGCAAAUGCUGAAACGCUGGCGCAGAAAGGCUCACACCACGGCGGCGCGUGGAACGCCUUCCGAUGUCCCCGCCGGACACCUCGCGGUCUGCGUUGGCUCCAGUUGCCGGAGGUUCAUCGUUCCUGCGACGCACCUGAACCACCCGAUCUUCAAGCGCCUCCUUGUACGCGCCGAGGAGGAAUACGGAUUCGCCAACGUAGGGCCGCUCACUAUCCCCUGCGACGAGUCACUCUUCGAGGAGAUCGUCCGAGUCGUAUCCCGAUCUGACCCGACCAAAUCGGGCCGUUCAUUCAGUCUCGAAGACUUUCAGCGAUGUUGUCACGUCGAUGUGAAGAACAAACUCGAUCUUCUCAAUGAAUCUCGACCCUUGCUUUAUGGAUUCGCCGAUAAGUCAGUAUGUUAAUCGAACGUGUCGGGUAGAUUCAACCGAGUCAGUGAGUUGAGUUCAUGGUGCUUGCUAACAAAUUUUUAUUUUAGCAGAUUUUUUUUUUUUUUUUUUUUUUUU